AUGUCUAAUUCUAAUGCCGCCGGCGUCGUGCUCACCAUUCACGGUGACGAUUACUACUUUGAGACGUCGUCCUCCCCGCUCGCUCAAAUCCCGCCAGACUCGAGCUGCGAUGGCGACUUCUCUCUCGCUGCCUUGUGGAACUUCCCCGACGAAUACUUUAGUAUCCGGGAACUAUUCGAGGUAAAGAUGCAACUCGAAGAGUCGGACGAGAACGUAUGGGAUCCGGCUUUUUCGGACACCAUCAUCCUCCGGGCGGCUCGACAAGUGCAACUUGCCUCAGACAUAAAAUCCCACCGGGUGUUGUCCGUCGUAGACGAUGCCAAAAACCAAACCCAGGGUCCUUGUGUGAUCCAAAACCGCACCGGAAAAGUCCUCCAAGCGUUCAAGCUGCAGCGUGAUACGCAAAAGGCGUUUGUAGGUGGAGUCAUGCGUGUUGAUAACCCACCAGCGUCUGUGACAUACCGCUGGCAUACCUCUUCCGAUCGUAUUCCGGUGCCCUACAGCCAACCGGUUACAUCAGAGGAACUAUUGAAUAAGCCCCUGAGCGGGCUCCGCUUCGCCAUCAAAGACACCAUCGACGUCGCAGGCCUGGAGACGAGAUGCGGCAGCUCGGCGUGGGCAAACACGUACCCGGCGCGCACCGAGACGGCCGAAUUCGUGACUCAGCUGGUUGAAGCGGGCGCCCUCUUCGUCGGCAAGCUGCGCUGCGACCAGCUCUGCGACGCCCAGGACCCUCUCGAGCGCUCCGAGGAGGAGGUGCCUUGGAACCCCCGGGGCGACGGCUUCCAGAAGCCCUCGGGCACGUCGUCAGGGUCCGCAGCUGCCUGCGCCGCCUACCCCUGGCUCGAUUUCACCAUUGGCGGCGAUACGGGAGGCAGCAUCCGACACCCUGCCGCGGUCAACGGGGUCUACGGCCUACGGACCUCGCUUGGGUCCGUCCGCAGCAGGGGCAUCGUCGCCUGCGCGCGCAUGGACACCGUCGGGCCGCUUGCGCGAUCGGCCGAGGUCCUGGCCAAGGUCGCACGUGUCAUGAUCUCGAGCCAAGAACCACCCCUCCCAACCGAGGCAACGGCGGAACCCACCCCGCGCUUCCGCCUCGUCGUCCUCACCGACUCGUACCACACCGCCGCCGAAGGUGUGCGCUUCUUCCCGCCCGAGGACUUCCCCGACGUCCCGAACAAGGCAGCCCUGGCCGUCUUCAGCGAGGUCCUGCGCCGAGUGGAGCAAAUGUCGGGCGAGGCCCGGUGGCACGUCAACCCACACGAGGUGUGGCGCAAGACGCACCCGGCAGGCAUGGCCGACGACCUGGCCAAGGCGACGCGGGACAUAUACCCGCGGCUCGUGUACGCCGACCUGUGGCGAGACGUCGUCUCCCCUCUGCACAGGGACCACCGGGCCCGGCACGGCGGGGAGGCGGCGCACCUGGAGCCGCUGCUCAAGGCGCGGGUCGAGUUCGCGGCGGGGGUCACGCAGGCCGAGUACGACGAGACCGCCGCCGACUUUGACAGGUUUCGCGACUGGGUCAACGAGGAGCUGCUGCCAUCGCCGGCCCAGAACGGCGGCGAGAUCCCGCUCGUCGUGUUCCCCCAGUCGUGGGGGCUGCCGCAGUACCGCGACGACGCAGUACCCACCCGGACGCGCCCCGAGGAUCUCUUUUUCCGGAACGCGUUCUCGGCCUACUCGCUCAGCUACUGCUCCGGCUGUCCCGACGCCACCGUGCCCGUCGGCCAGGUGCAGGUGCGCUCCAGGGUGACAGAGACCGAGGUCGGGCUGCCGGUGGCCUUGUCGUUCUUGGCGCCCAAGGGAGCGGACCUGCAGCUUGCUGCGCUCUUGAAGAUGUUUGAGGAGUCAGGGGUGUUCAAAGCUGUCUCUUGCGGGAGGAACCUAUACCCCUGA